AUUAUAACGGUGAUAAAUGGGAACCAAUGUUUUCAACGUCAUUGAGUUGCGUCGGACGUUGUUCAGUGAAACGCUUAUUGAUUCUGAAGGCGGCUUUUUACAAUGCUGGACUGUAGUGUCUGUAAAUCCUUAUCAUUUCUGCUUUGCGUUUAAGAAGAUGGCUGUUACUCUGCACACGGAGCUCGGGGAUUUCAAAAUAGAACUGUUUUGUGAGAAGGCACCGAAAACCUGUGAAAAUUUUAUUGCCCUGUGCGCUAGUGGGUUUUACAAUGGAUGCAUUUUUCAUCGAAACAUCAAGGGCUUUAUGGUCCAGACUGGAGACCCAACAGGUACAGGCAAAGGAGGGACCAGUAUUUGGGGAAGAAAGUUUGAAGACGAAUUCAGUGAACAUCUGAAACACAAUGUCCGGGGCGUGGUGGCAAUGGCAAAUAAUGGACCAAACACAAAUGCAUCACAGUUCUACUUUACAUAUGCAAAACAGCCUCACUUGGACAUGAAGUACACAGUUUUUGGAAAAAUUAUAGAUGGACUUGAAACUCUGGAUGAACUAGAGAAACUCCCUGUGAAUGAAAAGACUUUUCGUCCUCUUAAUGAUGUCCAUAUUAAAAUUGUUACUAUCCAUGCCAACCCGUUUGCUGGUUGAUUGAUUUAAUUGUGAAAUAUUCAUAAUGCAUAAUGCCUUGUGUUGUAAAUAAUAAAAAAAAAGGUUUUAAAACAUGCUGAUUUUGUAUGUACUGACUUGAGUCUGUUUUCCCUGUAAUCUCUUACAUUGUGUUUCAAAUGUAUGGUAUUUUUUUAUUAAAAUGAUAGUAGAUAAACUAUUGUACUUUGACAAAGGAGUAUUUUCAAUAAAUUGAUAGAUUUU